AGCCUAAGACAGGAAGCAGCUGCAGUCUUCUCAAACCGCAGCCGCUGACCUUAGCGGCAAGAGACCCGGCCUAACCUCCAGGCGCCCGGCGCUCGGCUCCCAGAGGCGCCGCGCAGCUCCCUCAGCGGCAGUCAAGGCCGGCCAGCGCGCGCCCGGCACGCGCCCCCCCAGGGCCUCGGCGCGCGGACCCGGCUCUCAGGCGCCGCGGGAGAGGCUCCCCGACUCACGGAGCGCGCGGCCCGUGCGCCCCGGCGCCGACCGCAUUCCUCAGUACGUGACACCCUUGGAAAGUGCCUGUCUGGUCAAUCGAAGAGUCCUCGUUUCGCCAAAAAAAUUUCCCCUCAGAAAUAUGCAUAGCACGGCAGUGAAGGGGUUUUCAUUAUGAAGUGGAAUGAUGAUGGUCCGACCAGGUCAGGAGGAACAUGUGAGGAGUUGGAUCUAAGCAGGCAUUGUUGAGGACAGUCGCAUUCGGGCCCUCCUGCCGCAAGCUGCCCUCCUAGCCAAGGGUCCUUCAGGUAGGAGGUACUGAGUGACUUUGAAAGUCCGCACUGUCUCAUUGCAGAUACUACUUAGCUCAGGGCCUGGUGGCUAGACAGGUUCUCUCCUUUCCAGUCGGAGGCCUCUGCCGCAAACAUGCUCCGCCAGAUCCUCGGUCAGGCCAAGAAGCAUCCGAGCUUGAUCCCCCUCUUUGUAUUUCUUGGAACUGGAGCUACUGGAGCAACACUGUAUCUCUUGCGUCUGGCAUUGUUCAAUCCAGAUGUUUGUUGGGACAGAAAUAACCCAGAGCCCUGGAACAAACUGGGUCCCAAUGAUCAAUACAAGUUCUACUCAGUGAAUGUGGAUUACAGCAAACUGAAGAAGGAACGUCCAGAUUUCUAAAUGAAAUGUUUCACUAUAACGCUGCUUUAGAAUGAAGGUCUUCCAGAAGCCACAUCCGCACAAUUUUCCACUUAAUCAGGAAGUAUUUCUCCUCUAAAUGCAUGAAAUCAUGUUGGAGAUCCUAUUGUAAUCUCUAUUGGAGAUUACACUGAUUAAUAAAUAACUGAAACUUGA